UCGGCAGGGAAAUGGCGGCCGCGGGGAUAGUGGCUGUUACUGCCACUGCUGAGAACUCGGGGCUAGCAGCGUCGAGUGGCAGUUUCUGCGGGAUAAACUGCGGCCCAAAUCCCGGGACGGGCCCGGGUCCAGCCUCGUGGAGCCGUUCCCUCGACCGGGCCUUAGAAGAGGCGGCAGUAACGGGGACACUGAGCCUGAGUGGCCGGAAACUGAGGGAGUUUCCCCGGGGAGCGGCCAACCACGACCUGACGGACACCACUCGGGCCGAUCUUUCAAGAAAUCGCCUGUCAGAAAUUCCUGCAGAAACAUGCUACUUUGUUUCUCUUGAGAGUCUCAACUUGUAUCAAAACUGUAUUCGGUAUAUCCCAGAGGCAAUUCUGAAUCUACAAGCAUUAACAUUUUUAAAUAUCAGUCGGAAUCAGCUUUCAACAUUGCCAGUACAUAUGUGUAAUCUCCCAUUGAAAGUCUUAAUUGCCAGUAACAAUAAACUGGUCUCUCUUCCUGAAGAAAUUGGACAUCUCAGAAAUUUGACAGAGCUUGACGUGAGCUGUAACGAAAUUCAGACACUACCUCCCCAAGUUGGCAAUUUGGAGUCUUUGCGGGACCUUAACAUCAGAAGAAAUCAUUUAAUGCGUUUACCUGAAGAGCUCGCCGACUUGCCUUUAAUACGGUUAGACUUCUCCUGCAAUAAAAUUACUUCAAUCCCUGUUUGUUAUCGGAACCUCAGACACCUACAGAUGAUCACCCUAGACAACAACCCCCUACAGUCUCCUCCUGCACAGAUAUGUAUAAAAGGCAAAAUUCACAUAUUUAAAUACCUGAACAUACAAGCAUGCAAGAUUGCUCCAGACUUACCAGAUUAUGAUAGGAGGCCUAUGGGAUUUGGCUCCUGCCAUGAAGAAUUGUACUCAAGCCGUCCAUAUGGAGCCCUUGAUUCUGGUUUUAAUAGUGUGGACAGCGGUGAUAAGAGGUGGUCAGGGAAUGAACCUACAGAUGAAUUUUCAGAUUUACCUUUGCGAGUAGCAGAGAUUACUAAAGAACAAAGACUACGAAGAGAAAGUCAGUACCAAGAAAACCGAGGCAGUGUGGUGGUAACAAAUGGUGGAGUGGAACAUGAACUGGAUCAGAUUGACUAUAUCGACAGCUGUGCUACAGAAGAAGAAGAAGAAGAGAUGAGGCAGCCUAAGUGCCUGGAUUCAGACAGCCUCAGCUCACAAUUCACAUCAUAUAUUGAACAGCGGCGAAUUUCUCAUGAGAACUCACCAGUAAAGGCAGUGCCUAUUAGAGAUUUUCAAAGAACAGAAGAAACAAGAAAAUACCCUCAUCAAAACAGGAUCCCAGUUGAAGCAUCUUAUCUUCUAUCACUAUCACAGAGUCACAGUCAGACAGAUACAGAAUUUCACCGGAAACGAGAGCAGUUAGUAGAGCGUACACGGAAAGAAGCACAACUUGCUGCCCUACAAUAUGAAGAGGAAAAAAUAAGGACCAAACAAAUACAGAGAGAUGCUGUUUUGGAUUUUGUCAAGCAAAAAGCAUCACAGAGUCCACAGAAACAAAGCCUUCCUGAUAGUGAGUGUCCUUUUCCAUCCAGAAGGUCUCAACACACUGAUGAUAGUGCCUUGUUAGUGAAUGAUGAAAGACCUACCAUCUCACCAAGUUCACCCACAACCCAAACAGUACAUUUUUGCCCUCCCUAUUCUCCUGCUACUUCUACCUUUAGAAAUCAGCCUCAACGACCAGAAAGUUUCCUUUUCCGAGCAGCUAUCAGAGAUGAAACAAAUAAAGGUCACUCCUCACCUCUUCUUUCUUCUGCAACUUCAGCCAGUGAAUCUGCAGAUCCUAGAUCAAGACAGAAUCCCAAACAACGUGAGGAAGAGUUGGAGUUAAUUGAUCAAUUACGAAAGAAUAUUGAAUUCCGACUGAAAGUUUCUCUGCCUUGUGAUCUUGGAGCAGCUCUUACUGAUGGUGUUGUUCUUUGUCAUUUGGCCAACCAUGUGCGUCCGCGAUCCGUUCCCAGUAUUCAUGUUCCCUCACCUGCUGUACCCAAAUUGACAAUGGCUAAGUGCAGGAGAAACGUGGAGAAUUUCUUAGAGGCUUGCAGAAAAAUUGGUGUGCCUCAGGAGCAAUUAUGUUUGCCUCUCCAUAUUUUAGAAGAAAAAGGUUUGACCCAGGUAGCAGUGACCGUCCAGGCCCUCCUUGAACUUGCCCCACCCAAGCAACAGCAACACCAGUUGUCUGCUGUGUAAAGACUCCCAGGACCCUGAGGGUUUGUCUUGGCCAAGCAGAAGAGAGAGGUGAUGGGACGACCACUGCAGGCAUCUGUUGUUUUUUUUUUUUACAGUGUUUAUGGGUGUGUCUUCUUAAAAGGGAAUAUCUCCAGAAUUCCUGACUGGAAUGUUGUGCUUCAUUUCUCCAUUUUUGGGGAGAUUAUGCCAUUUGAUUUUGAGGAAUACUCUGGCCUCCCUUAGAGUACACUUUAUUUGGUCCUGUGGGAGGAUUAUUGUUGAACUAGAAUUACCAGCCCAAAUGCAUCAUUCAACUUUGUCUUAAUGUACAAUGGGUUACUUUAAGAUAGCCAGUAGAGUUGCCUCACAGGAAGAGUUUGAUCCCAUUAAGAUACAAUCAUGGUAACUUGUUAUCCUCUUCCAUAAGUCCUACAAAAAGAAUAAGUAUUAACUUUCUACUUCAGUGUUCCAUCAUUUGUCUUUCAAUAAGGUCACACAUGAAAAUUAAAAUUAGACUAAAAGUCAUGUUAUGGCAUAUCAAAGCCAAAACAAAAAAAUAGUACAGUGUAAUUCAUGAUAAGGGUACAUAGAUGAGUCCAUUCCAAAGCAUCUGCAUAUAAUACAGAAGGUAAAUUAUAACUUUUCCUAAGCCCAGUGAACUAGGUUUGCCCACCUCUUGUCUUCAUGUCCACUUGUUGUCCAGACUUGGUAGGAAAAAGUUCUGACUCUGAUUUGCCUAGAGUCUUUGAUCCUUUUUUUGCUGAACAACCAGAUGAUGUAGAUCUUUGCAAACAGCUUCUAAAUUCUUUAGGCUUUACAAAGAAAGGUCACUACACCAUUAUUCUCAUCCCCAUUUUCUCUCAGAGCCAUCAUCUUUUCAUUACAAUUACUACAACAUUAGGUGACAGACAACAAGGCAAACUUUACUCCCCAAGUCUUCAAGAUAACAGAAUGCCUUAAAAAGAAAAGAAGAAAAACUAAAGAAAAAGUCUUCAGUUCCUUGUUAGGUCUAAGCUUGUGCUCAUUUCCCUACCUGAAUUUAGUUAUGGCCAUCUUAGAAGGAUGGACUGGGAAAUCUACUGAGAAACAGCACCUUACAUAGAAAGAUCACCGAAUACGAAGGCUUAGGUUUGAGUCUCAGGCCUUCUACUAGCAUUGUGGCCAUGGCCAAAACACUCACCUUGCUGAGUCUCAGUUUCCUCAUCUGUAAAAGGAAGAAGUUGGAUUAGAUAAUAUCUAUGUUUUCUUCUCACACUAACAUUCACUGAGCCUGCUCACCUGUCCUCAUGACAGCUCCUUGUUUUGAAGUCACUGAAGAAGAAACCAUUCAGAGAACCAUCAGCUAGAGGCUUCAGCUUGACCCAUUCUCCACUUUUUACAUUAACCUCACUGCCAGCUCUCUCCAAAGUUAGAUCUUUCAUCAUUAGCUGUCUCUAAACUGAGUGAAUAGGAUUGGGAAGGGAUAAGAAACCAUUGAUUUGGAUUCUUUGGUGCCAGCGUGAGAUUUCACUUAAAUGGCACAGACCUCUUUGGGUCUGCCUCUGCUCGCAUCCUACAGGAGUCUUAGCUUUGUGUUUCUCCACAGGCUCUCCCAAGGGCCUUGCCGUUGCCCUUGGGGCAGUUGUUGGCUCUCUGAUCCUCUGCCAUCACUCAUAUCCUAGAUAGUGUUCUGAUGCCAUUUCUUAUGCAUGAAAGUAUUCUUGACAGUAUGUCACAGGGUGGUCUCCACAGCAUUCCCAGGAUCAGAGACCCUGGGUCUGAGGCCCAGCUGUGCCAUCACUUGUGUGACCUCUGACAAGUCACUUCGCCCUGAAUCUCAACAGCCCUCUGCAAACUGUACAAAUUGAAGCAGCUGACUCCUAGGAUCCCCUCCAGCUCAAAUACUUUUUUUCUAGGAUAGAAAUUUGAAGCUCCACAAUGUGGUCUAGAUCAGGUUUAAAAUGAAAUAACUAUUCAUAUUCUGUGAUAUGGUGGAGUCUCAUUCUGAGUUCAAACUACACCUAAUUGGUGGCAGAUAGGUGCAGCAGUGUUCUGGAGGUUCUUAGGGAUGAACAAUAGUAGAGCAAGUAUGGUUGAAGCCAGACCUUAUCACUUCCAGGAAUCCAUACAAAAUCACCAACCAUGUAACUUAAAACUUAGCAUGAUGCUCGUGUGAAUUUUGAUUGUCUGCUAACAAACUCUUACAACCAGAUAUAAAGAGGACUAUAAUAUUUAAAUAAAAUUUUGAUUUUAAUUAAAAUUUAAAUAAAAAUGUUUAAAUGCAGACAACACUGGAACCUAAAAACCUAUAUGGUCAAUCUCUGCUCCCAUACUCUCAGACUCAUAUUAAAGAGUAACCUACUAGAGUAGAAACAACACUGUUUGGCAUUGAAAGAUCUGGGUUCAAAUUUUGGCUCACUACCCUACCACCUCUAUGACUUUUGAAAAUUCACUUCACUGCUCAUCUGGAAGAUGAGCAUCUUCAUCUAUAAAAUGAAGGGAUGGUUCUUUCCAACUCUAAAUGCUGUGCUCCUGGUUGAAAAGAGGUACCUCAAACAAUGUCUCAGCUAACCAUUUAUUUAACAUAAAAUAGACAUGAACUUAUUGCAGCUUCUCAUUGUAUUUAAAGUGAGGGAGGAAUUUUUUCUAGCUCCCUCAGUUUUUUUGGUUGUAAUCAUGAAAAGAAAAAUGUCAAAUGUGUAUUGAAUUUUAUUUUUCUUGUCAAAAGCAAGAGUCAGUCAUGUUUUUGUUUUCUUAUUACAGCAUUUUGGUGUAUGCUGUUUAAUCUGGCUUGGAGGGGGACUUCAUAUUCAGAAGAAAUAGGAAUAUGCUUAUCAUUUCCCUUACAGCUUUUUUUUUUUUAAAAAAAGCACAACUAAUUAAAUAACUAAUCAUCUCUGUUACUUUUAGAAGCUCCAGAGUUUCUGGCAAUAUGUGCUUAUCCAGAUGAAUUCUAAUGGUUCUAUAAAAAAUGAACUUUUAAAACAGCUAUAGGAAUGAAGGAAAAUGUGGACAUUUGAAAGUCUUUUUUUUAAAAAAUAAUUACAAUGAAAGAGCUUAAUAAAGCAUUUUCAUUUGGUUAUUUCAGAAAAUGAUGUAAACGUGUAAUUAGUAAAGGAAUUUUUAAAACAUUGUCAUAUAUUUGUAUGUCUGUAAAUACAUUCCAUCAUUUCUAAGAAGUAUAAAUAUGUCAAUAUCAUGUAUGUUAUUUUAAAUUACCUAUAUGUUGCCAUUAGUGUAAACUAGCACAUUGAUAUCAAAAUAAAAACUUGAAACACUUAAGUAGCAUGAAAUAAAGACUGAUUUGAAAAUAUACCAUACAUAACUUCCUUCACAGAGGUGAGUGGCAAAAAAUGUUUUAAAUUCCAAAAAUCCCACAAGGCCUUAGUGUUAAGUAUUUAACAUUCAAAACAGAAUAUAGAGAAUAUUGUUAUUGGUGUAUAUGAAGCCUGGUCAAACUGUUUGCAUUGACAAACCAAGGAGAGACUAUUGUCAGGACUUUACUGUGUCAUUGUUCUCUGAUGACUGAAUGGUCCCACGUGAUCAAAUCAAGGCAACCUAAUCAGCCUUGAAAUCUCCUUCCUUUGGCUAGCCACUUAAAGGUUAUGACUUAAGGGUUCUGUUUGUCAAAAUAUCUCAAAUGUUGACUUACCAAAGCAUCUUUUCUCUCUUAUCUGACUUAUUUUUAAAACCAUUUAAAAAAUUUUUUCUCUUUUUUUAUACAACAAAGGAGUCUUCAGAAGCUACUUUACAAAGAGAAAUAACCUUUUUAGGUCUCUAGAUUUCUUCCAUUUGGUUUAGAAAUACAUACCCAGGAUUCAGCAGCAAUGCAUCUUCCAGAAGAAUAUAUUCUCAUAUAAGCAGUACCUCUUCCAGAAGGUUGUAUAUAUUUUGUAUUACAGAUGGCCAUAGGAAAAUGUUCCAUUGCCCCAGAAUGUUAUGAGCUGAAAACACAUGCCAUAAAGGCACCAAGCAGAAGCUGCUGAGAGGAAAUUGGAAAAGGCUUGAACAACAUUAUAUCAAUAAGGAGAGGGGUAAAGAAAUUUCAUUUAUCAGCAAGAACUGCCUGAAGCUGAAUGGGAGCAGCUUGCUGGGUAGGAGGUUGCAUUAUUAAAGAAGUAAUUCGUUAUUAAACUUCUACCACAUUUUACCAAUAAUUUUUUUUCCCCUUCCAUCCUGUUUAACUCUCAAAGUAUGUUUGAAAUGUUCUCUCUGUCACUUUCCACCAACACAAUUCUACACAAAUACAAAUUUUCCCUUAUGCCAAAUGCAUACAGUUGUCAAGCAAAACAAAGUUAUUGGCCAUAUCUGAGAAUGCAUUUCUGGUUCUAUCCCUCUCCUCUGUCACCUUUCUACCAAAAGAAAGAACAGAAAUCAUAAAUGCUUGUAGCUUCAAAAUCCUAAAGUCUUUAACAGUUGUUUCCCUUUUCAUUACACAUAAAUUGUUUUGAUUCUUGUUCACCUCACUCUGCAUCAGUUCAUACAAGUUUUUGUGUAUUCCUCUGAAUAUCUUUUUCCUUGUUUCUUGUGGCACAAUAAAAUUACUUUGAAUUUGAAAUCUGUUCAGCCAUUCCCCAGUUGACAAUUGUUUUCUUUCUUUCCAGUUCUUUGCCAAGAACAAGUGCUGUUAUAAGUAUUCUCAUAUAAAGAAGCUCUUUCACUCUAUCCCUGAACUCCCAGAAUUACAUAAUAGUAUUAUUAGCACUGUGUCAGAGGAUUUGUAGAGUUUAGUGAUUUGGGAAAUAAAGUUUCUCCCCCCCCCCCUUUAGUGGUUGAGCCAAUUGAUAUCACCAACAAUGCAUUAGUUUGCCUGUGAUCUCAUGAUCCUUCCAACAACUGUUGUCAAAAUAAUGGAUGUGAUUGAAUCUGAGUUGUUUGGUUUUCAUUUUAUUACUAAUGAUUUAGAUUAUGUUUUCCACAUAUUUGUGGAUAGAUUACAUUUCUUCUUUUGUGAACUUCCUCUUCCUCUCCUUUCACCAGCUGUUAAUGAUGAUCAGUCACUGAAUCAACAUUAAUUAAGCAUCGGCCUAGUAUGUGCCAGGCACUGUGCUAAAUGCUAGGGUUACAAAGAACAGCAAAAGAUAGUUCGCAAUCAACUAGGACAAGACAACGUAGUCUAAAUAAAAGGGGUGAGAUAUGAGACGGGGAAGGUGGUGAAUUCCACAAUGUGUCUAUUAUUGCUUGGCCAUCUCCUUAUAUGGAGAGCUUCUGGAAGAAGUUCUGUGAUUUCCUUACUCUCCAAUAAGAGAAAAGGAAACUAGCUGAAAAGAGAAUCUUAUUUUCAAUGUAUUUUUACCUCUAAGAUGAGCAUACCAACUGGUGAUGAUUGUUUGGAUGAUGAUGGAGAAAAUGCUAAUGUGCAUUAAAUGUUAAACUGUCAGGAGUACAUUCUUUUUGAGAACUAGUUAAAGUUUACAUCAUUCUUCAGUACACCACUGUAUGUAAAUAGCGAUUCCAUAUCCCGGAUAUUAGAUUUGCUGUGAAGAUCUUUUUCAAAAUUGUUAAUAAAAUGAUUGUAAUUGCAUAUAGUUUGUAUAAAAACUUUAAUAGAUUAUGUAAUUAAAAUUACUCAUUUUAUCUUUUUU